AUGAAAAUAAUUCUAGUCGGCGUAGGCGGUAGCUCUUCAUCGGGGAAGACGACGCUAUCUAAGAAGCUGCUCAACGUGCUUCCCCAGUCGUUCAUAAUCCAUCAGGACGAUUUCGCACCACCAAAUGAGCAAAUUCCCGUAGAUCCCACGCACAAUGUGCAGAACUGGGAUGAUCCAGAUAGUUCAAUUGAAUGGGAUAGAUUGAUUGAGGUGUUGCAGCAUGUCAAAGCACAGGGAAUGCUGCCAACUUCCCACAAAUCGCACGAUCACUUGCACCCGCCUUCGCAGACUAAUCUAGUAAGCAACGAGCUCAACGCUAAAGAGAUAGCACUGCAGAAGAAAGCCAAGGAGAUGUCCGAUGAUGUCGUCUACGCACUCUUAGAUGGAUUCCUCUGCUUCUAUAACAAAACGGUACUCGAUUUGUUGGAUGUGCGGAUAUUUCUCAACGCAGAUAAAGGCACCCUCAAGCACCGCAGAUCGCUUAGAGAGGGCUAUGCUACAGCUGAAGGCGAUGUGUGGAUAGAUCCGCCUUUUUAUUUCGACGAUAUUGUCUGGCCAGCGUACAUCAAAGCUCACAAAGAUGUCUUUGUUAAUGGCGAUCCAGAAGCUGGUGUUCCAACGCCAUACGUGCGAGACAUCCACAUCUACGACUCUACCAAGCUAGACGUAGACGAAAUACUCAGCAAAGCUACUAUAGACAUAAUAGAAUAUUCUAGGAUAAACUAG